AUUGUAAAACCGAGUCCGUCCCCAUUGUGACCUUGUUCCGCUUUGAUAUGCUGAGACAACUCUACAUGACCCCAUCUAAGCAGAUGAAAAACGUAUAUUUAUACAAGUCUUGGCAAAUGGUAUUAAGACUUUCUUGUAUACACAGGUAGUAUGGAUUAAUUAUUAAUGGCUUUCAAACACCGGCCUCUACGAACUCUCGGUAAACACACACACUCGAUCUCAUUCAUCGACAUAACUCGAAGCGCCGCUGAGCCAACAACACGGAAAAGAUAGGCAAAUAUAUGUUAUUGUAGGAAGGUGUUGGACAACGUACAGUUCAUGAUGUGGAUUAUAUCUCCGACUUGAGAAAGCUCGUACCUGCGUGUAUGUGUAUAUUAUACGUGGUCUGUAAGGUAAUGUACAUGGACUGUGCAUUUCUCGACGAACAGCGAAAUAAAAUGGAUCUUAGCGGGCACCUGCCCUAGAGUGUUUACAGUGCAUGUUCUUGGAAUUCUAGAUAAAAAAUGGCAAGUAACGGGAAUACAAAGGGAGGAGACAAUCUCUACCUUUCUACAAUGGACACCAUUGACCCUAAAACUGUGUGUGUUGACUUGGAGAUGGAGGAAAAUGAACUGAAUGAAUCGGACAAACAGGCCUGUGGCAAGUGGCCCAUUCUGUUUGAAAGAGCUUCAGGUAGCUGGUGGAAUCCCAAAUUUGACUCGCCCAUUUUAGAACGAGAACAGUGGGAGAAGUCAUUUCCCCAGACUUGUCGGAGAUUUCGUGCAAUUCUCUGCAUCAUUCUCGGGUCUUGUCUAGCCUGGAGUGUUUUCUUUGGAAUCAGACAGGAUGCAUAUUGGUUAGAGUUUUUAAUAGCUAGUCUCCUCCUCCUGUUUUUAAUAGCAUUAAUUCUAGUUUUUACAUUUACCAAUUUCUACAGGAGAUUCUACCUUCUGACCUCCAUAGUGCUGUCAGUCCUAUUGUGUGGGGGGAUAAAUGUAGCCCAGUUUUUGUACAGUAACUCCCUUGUGUCCACUGUCGGGACUUUCACAGCCUCCAUUGAAAUACUAUUCAUGAUGUAUACUGUGAUACCAAUGCCCUUGUUUUUGUCCAUUGGACUUGGAGUCACACAUUCCAUUAUCUAUGAGGUAUUAGUUGCAGUGAGAAAUGAUUAUAUGCAGCAACCAAUAUUCAUAAUUGGGAAAACAUUUUUGCAUUUGUGUGUCCAUGUUAUGGGUAUUCAUAUCUUCUUAAUGUCUCAAGUCGGUCAGAGAAGUACAUUCUGGAAAAUCGGCCAGUCUGUCUUGGCUCAGAGGGAGUUGAAAAAUGAGAAGAGAUUAAAGGAGAAGAUGAUCCACUCUCUCAUGCCUCCGUCUGUUGCCCAAGAAGUGAUGGCCUCAAGACAGGACAAGGAACAAAACCCAGAUGAAGAAUCCAGAUCCAAGAAACGCAAUUCAAAGUCCAAAAAUGUCAAGGGAGAAAUCAUAUUUCGCCCUUUCAACAUGAACACUAUGGACAAUGUCAGUAUACUGUUUGCAGACAUUGUCGGCUUUACCAAAAUGAGCUCCAACAAAACUGCAGCACAUUUAGUGGGGUUGUUGAAUGACUUGUUUGGAAGGUUCGAUACUCUGUGCACAAACUCGGGAUGUGAAAAGAUCAGCACCCUAGGGGACUGUUACUACUGUGUGUCGGGCUGUCCCCAGCCAAAAGAGGACCAUGCCACAUGUUGUAUAAACAUGGGACUCGGAAUGAUUACCGCCAUCAAGGAGUUUGACAAGGAAAACAAUGAGUCGGUGAACAUGAGGGUGGGGGUUCACACAGGAACCGUGCUCUGCGGAAUUGUCGGAAGACAGAGGUUCAAGUUUGAUGUGUGGUCCAAUGAUGUCACACUGGCCAAUACGAUGGAGUCCAGUGGUCUUCCUGGGAAAGUCCAUAUCUCCGAAGCAUCCCUGAGUUUUCUUAACAAAGAAGAUUAUGAUGUAGAAGAAGGGCCUGAUGUACAAGAUAAUAGGACGUAUAAGGUUCUGAUAGAGGAAUAUGAUACGAGCAAAUCAACCUAUGCCGUCAGACAUACAGAGGAGCAGAAAGUCAUCAAGACCUACUUCAUCAAUGGCUACAAGAACCAGAUGGCGGAUGAGGACAGUAAAGAAAAUGAUCCAUCGUCUAGCAACCAGCAGGAAGAGGAUCAUGGGAGUACGGAGCAUGCCGAGGGAAAUCCAGAGGAUAUAGACAAGACAACAAAGAAACACAGACUUUCCAACCAUUAUGAGUCCAAGGCUUCUGAUGCAAAUGGUAUCACUCAAAACCUUUUAGGCAGGAAAAGAAGCGCUAGUGAUGUGUCUUUGGAACAGGAUAAUGGGAAUAUUGAAACUUUUGUGAGAAUUGAUCCAAGUUUACAUUUUGGUAAUGGUUCUGCUGUUAGCACCGUGGAUACAAUACUGACCAAUGAAAUGAAAGAGAACAGCGCCACUAAAUACAAAAAAGAAGAGGACACCAGAGACAGUGAACAUGGUAAAUACAUGAACGACAAACAGAUUAUAAACCUGAUCAAUGAAGACAGGACAAACCAGGAGUUCUUCUACCGGCCGCCAAUCAACAUCCUGACCCUCGCCUUCACCAAUGCGGAGAUGGAGACAGACUACCGUGACCACUACCUGGAGGAUACCAAAAACCAGAACACCGUGUCCUCCCCCCGCUACCAGGCCCUGCUGGAGAUCAUCAUCUCCUUCGUUGUCUUCUGCAUCACGUCUGUCUGCUGCUUCCUGAUCUUCGAGAGACAGUUGCCAUGGAUUCUGGUCUUUAUUAUCUCGCUAAUUUUGGAGGUUCUCUGUAUGAUUCAGGCCUUCACUGAUGUUAAAUACAGAGAGAGGAAGGUGGACUCCUGCCCCAGCUGUUCGCAUUUGAUGUCGGGAUGGUACUUUAGGAACCUGAUGGGUGCCAUGGUGACCAGUAUUCCAGUGGUAGCCGUCUACUCUAACCUGUCGUGUGAGAUCGCUAUGAACAAGCUUUCCCAGGACUAUUUCUUCUGUUACUGCAUUGUGAUGGCUCUAUUGCACUACUGUAACUUUACCAUGAUCAGUUCCUGGAUCAAAUCAAUUGUGGCCUCAUUAGCAGGGGUUGUUAUCCUGGUUUUGUUGUACGUCCAGUUGUGUAUGUUUGAAACUGCACCUGAAAACAAUCCUUUAACCAAUGGAAGUUUCGGCUAUUCCAACACCACUGAUAUUACCAUCACCAAGUUUGUAACCGUCAUGGAUACAGGUGCUACCGUUUUACCACCACUAUUUUCUGGUGACCACCCCUUGAAAUUUGAGAUCAUUUUGGACAUUGUCCUGUUACUGGUUCUAAUUUUCUUCCUGAACAGAGAAUUUGAAAUCAGCUAUAGGUUGUCUUACCAUGGAGACAAGCAGGCUUCAGCCAAUAAACAGCAGAUGCAACUGAACAAGGAGCAAGCUGAUUGGCUGCUGCACAACAUUAUUCCAAAGCAUGUCUCUGAACAGUUAAAAGGAGAGAAUUGUCAGUACUCCAAGAACCAUAAAGAUGUUGGAGUGAUUUUUGCUGCAAUUGUGAAUUUUAAUGAGUUUUAUGAUGAGUCUUAUGAAGGAGGGAGGGAGUAUUUGAGAGUGCUAAAUGAACUUGUGAGUGACUAUGAAGAUUUGCUCAAUCAACAUAGAUUCAAGGAUGUAGAAAAAAUAAAGACUAUCACCAGUACCUUCAUGGCCGCCUCUGGUCUCAACACACAAUCCAGGAUGGCCAACAAGCAUCCGUCUGCCCAUCUCUUUGCACUGAUGGAGUUCUCCAUAGAGAUGCAGGAAGUUGUGAAGAGAUUCAAUGAGAGCUUGUUUAAUUUUGACUUCAUACUUAACAUAGGGUACAAUCAUGGUGAAGUGACAGCUGGCGUUAUAGGAACCACCAAACUGUUGUACGACAUUUGGGGCGACACGGUCAACAUCUCUAGUCGUAUGUACUCCACAGGGGUCAAAGACAGGAUCCAGGUUCCCGAGGCAUCCCUCCAACUCCUGGAAGAAAUGUUCGAAUUUGAGUACAGAGGAACUAUCCAGGUGAAGGGAAAAGGUGACAUGAAGACAUACCUUCUGAAGGGCAAAAAAGAAGGGGCCUAUUGGGAGUAAAAAGGAGGCAGUAAAGAUUAUGGCAUUUGCAUUUAUCUAUAGGGUUUUAGUAGUUCCGUUGCUUGAUGUACUUCUAAUUGGUUUUUAAAUGAAACUGUACAGAUUUUUAGCUGGUCUGUAGAAUUGAGCAGUUCAACUGAACUCAAUGGAAAUGUUACCUUUUUAGAAGUAAAUGAACAACAUAUUUAUAGUGAUAGUGUUUGAUAUUGAAAGAAUUUCCAGAAUUUGUCAUUUUCACAAAAAUGUGACAGAUUUUUCUACGGGUAGUUAGUGGGUUGAUCUCCAUUAACAAGUUUAUGAAUCUAUUUAAAAAACCUACAACUUGAUGCUGUUGUCAGGAAUAUUCUCAGAUACUUUUCAACUAAACUUAGACCAAAGUUCAUUGAAAUAGCAAACAAUUCUUUCUACAUUUUUUACCUGAAUCAACUUAUGGAAAAUUUUGAUAUU